GGCUGUCGCCGGGGCCGGCGGCGGUGUGUCAUCCGCCGCCGGGGACUUCCCGAGCCCCGGGGCAGCCGGGCCGGCGCCGGACCCUGCGCCGCGCUGAACGGGCGGCGGGGGCAGGCGGUGCCCGGGCCCCCCGCCAGCCUCGCGGUGCGGUUUGCGAUCCCCGGGCGCCCCACGGUCCUGAGACUGUUGAGAACUCCUUGGCGGGGAGCAGGCAGCCAUGGUGCAGCUAAAAAAAAAAACUGAAUUUGCGUUAAAGACCUGCUUAAAUAUCUGUAGUGUGGAAAUAAUGAUGCUCGGUCCAGUUGCGUGCCAGAGCCUGCCAGCGUCGCUCCUGCCAGGCAGGCAGGGCUGCGAGCGCUCCCGAGGGAGACUUGGUUGUGCAAGGGAUCUUCGUUAAUGAUGUCCUCGCUGUCUCUGUUCUGGGGUUGCUUUAUCAGCUUUAACGACCCCGGGCACAGGCAAAAGUUGGAUGUUACUGGAAACUUAAACUGUGCAGGGAGCUGAGUGAGCCUCUCUGCUUCCUUGGCUGUCCUGAUUUGAAGGAAGUACCUGCGUGUGCAGCCUUACUCGGUUUAGGAGGCUGUGGAAUGUAGUUGCAGGGCAUGAAGGCAGGAGAUGGCUUCUUUAGAUCAUCAUAAGUGGUCAAAACAAAUGGAUUUGAUUAUUUUCUCAUUAUUAUUUUCUCCUUUCUGGCUUGCUCGUGCCUCUCACAUCUUUGUUUUCCAGCCCUUUGGAGAGCCCUGUACCCCAGCUUGGGCAUUGCCAGUAAAUCUGGGCUCCGUGUGUGCACAGCAUCUCCCCGGGAACAGCUGGCUCCGGGCAGAAUUGCAGUCCUUUUUGAGAGAUGCGAACACAAGCAGUGGCUCUGGAGAUACAGCCAGAAUUUUUCGUUCACAUGGCAGCAGCAAACUCAACUCCGCCUGGCUCUUUGGAUCUAAACCAGCCUGGAUUUGCAAAGGAGAUCCUGGGAACUAAACUGGAGGUCAAAUACCUCUGCUCUGAUUGCAAGAAUAUAUUGAGGAGGCCAUUUCAAGCUCAGUGCGGACAUCGUUACUGUUCCUAUUGUCUGAAGAAAAUUAUAAGUGCUGGACCUCAAAAGUGUGCCAGCUGUAUUCAGGAAGGAAUAUACGAAGAAGGAAUUUCUAUUUUAGAAACAAGCUCAGCUUUCCCAGACAAUGCAGCUCGGCGGGAGGUGGAAAGUCUGCCUGCUGUCUGUAUUAACAGUGGCUGCACUUGGAAGGGGACUAUUAAAGAAUACGAAGCUCAUGACGAGGUUUGCCCUGAAUUUCCACUGACUUGUGAAGGCUGUGGGAAGAAGAUUCCAAGGGAGAAGUUUCGGGACCAUGUGAAGACUUGUGGCAGAUCUAAAGUGCCUUGCAGGUUUGAGGUUGUCGGAUGUACUGAGGUGGUGGAAAAUGAAAAGCUACUAGAACACGAAAGCACGUGCUUGGCGGAGCAUCUCUACAUGCUGCUGAGCUUUGUGCUCAGCCUCAAGACUGGGUCUGGAGACCUAAAGCCCCUUCCUGCUUUUUCCUCAUCACAAAACAACUCCCCACUACUGGCAGCAAGCUCUCUGUGCUCAGAGUCAGAGCUCUCCAGGUCCUUGGAGCUCUUGGGAAGAUGUGAGGCCCUUGAGAGGAAAACGGUGACCUUUGAGAACAUUGUCUGUGUGCUCAAUCGGGAGGUGGAAAGAGUGUCUCUAACAGCUGAAGCCUACAGUCGGCAGCAUCGACUAGACCAGGAAAAAAUUGAAACACUGAGUAACAAGGUCCGGCAGCUGGAAAGGAGCAUUGGGCUCAAAGAUCUGGCCAUGGCUGAGAUGGAAGAAAAGAUCCGCAACAUGGAAGCUUCCACCUACGAUGGUGUUUUCAUCUGGAAGAUAACAGAAUUUGCCAGGAAGCGUCAGGAGGCGAUAACAGGACGCUCUCCUGCGAUCUUCUCUCCAGCUUUCUACACGAGCAAGUAUGGCUACAAGAUGUGUCUGCGUGUUUACCUGAACGGGGAUGGCACCGGGCGUGGGACCCAUCUGUCCUUGUUCUUUGUGGUGAUGAAAGGACCCAACGAUGCACUUCUGCGAUGGCCCUUCAACCAGAAGGUAACCCUGAUGCUCCUAGAUCAGAACAACCGGGAGCACAUCAUUGAUGCCUUCCGACCCGAUGUGACAUCCUCCUCCUUCCAGCGACCCAUCACAGAAAUGAACAUCGCCAGCGGCUGCCCGCUGUUCUGCCCCGUCUCUGUGAUGGAAGCCAAGAACUCCUACGUGCGUGAUGACGCCAUCUUUAUUAAAGCCAUCGUUGAUCUCACGGGCCUUUAACCCUCCUCACCUCCAGGAGCAGUGAACGCAGAGCCAGCCCCAAGUGGGGCGUCCCCCUCUUGUGCUGCACUUCAGGCAGGUCUCGGAGCAAGGAGGGGGCAAAAAGCAGAAGGGGAAUAGCCCUUCCCACAAAGGGACCUUCACUCUGAGUGGAAACAAGGUGUCUGAUGGGAACCCUCUUCCCUGGUGUCAGAGAGACCUUCCCUGAGAAGAGGUUUGGGUGGACAUUCACAGUCUGCAGGGUACAAGAUCUCCUGCAGGGACUUGGGUGUCUGAACUGCUGCUGUCUGGGCUCCCAGUGGAAACCAGUGCAGCUCUUGCUCUACCAGUUUAGUGCAGAUCCACAGUGCUCUGUAGUAAAAAAAGGAUUUGGCUUGCUCAAGCACCACCUUGAGUGGAUGUUCGGCUCAGCCACCUAGGAUUUUCUUCAGAGAUCUCUGUGUUCCUGGAAGUUUUGUGUGCUGCAGGGGUGUCAUUGCUCUGUGCUGCUGGCUGGUCUGUGCCUCAGUGGACAGGAAGGGUGUGUGGCAGGCUUGGUGCAAACUGUUUUGCCGCUGUUUUGAUGCCAUCAGUGACUUCAGAGAGGGUUGCUGAGCUGAGCUGUGUGUCACAAGGGGGAGUGGUACCCCGAGUCUGGCUCUCGCGGUGUGUUUGAGUGGUUUGUGCUCUGAGCAGUGUGCUGGGAGCGUGGGAUGGGGCAGGAAGUGCCUGCUGCCUGGGAGGGAGCAUGGGGCAGCAGCGCCAGGGAUGCCCAUAGUGAAAGAGAAGUGAAUCUCCCCUCGACCCUGCCCGUCCUGUCCUGGGAGAGGAGGGUAACACAGGGCUCGGUGCAGGACAGCAGCUCUCCAAAUGCCAAGAGCCCCAGGUGGGUUUUCAGCCAGACCCUGCCAUUCUCUGCCUGCCUGUGCCUGAGCAGUGGUGGGGGCAGGAUGGUGGCAGUGCUGGCAGCUGUCUUUACUCCCCCACGAAUGCUCCUGAGCUGGCUUCCAGCCCUAUCACGGCACAGGCCCACCGGCCUUCCCAGGGCCCUCGCCAGUGGCCGAGCGCGUGCGGCUGCGGCUCCGCGGCUGUCCUCACCUGCACGGCCACUGUCCAUCUGCACGGGCGCUCAGGGACGUGGCACACCUCUGCAUCUGCCCGCACACUGGGUGGCUGCUGGCCAGCCCCUGCCCUCCCCCAGGGCCUGCUUUGCCCACCAGCGGUGGCUUUCCCCAGUCCUGCGUCCCUGCCAGUCCCUGGUCAUUGCACACUGGAGUGCUCUCUCUGCUUGGCCCCUCACUGAGCCUGCAGCCACCUGACUAGGACCCGGGGUGGCUGGAGAAGUCCUUGAGUGAAGCUUGCUGUCCCCUAUUUGUGCAUGGGCUCCUGGCACCACUCCUUUCUGGGUAGCAAGCAUUCAGCACCUGUGAGAAGGUCUUUAUUCAUGGAGAAGAAACUGCUGCCACAUCCCUGCAGUGUGGCUGGCUGGUCUCUCUGGAGUUGUUUUGUUGUGGCUCUGAGUAACUCUGGACAGGCAGUUAGCCAGGCUGGACUCUGGAGGCUUUGCUGCCUUCUCUGCCUGUGCUCCCCUCACCCGUGUCAGCAUCCAGAUGUGCCCCAGCAGAGGUUUUGCUGGUCACAGGAGCUGGCUGCUGAGCCCACCUUGCAAUAAUGGUCCAGGACCCUGUCCAGCGCCCAUGCUGUGCCUCAGGCCAGGAAGGGGGGACAGUGAGGCUGGAGACCGGUCACCCUCUUCUUGCUUGUGGCUGCCAUUGAUCACCCUCAGUGGGGAGUGGCAGAUGCUGGUGGCAGGGCCAGGGGAUGUGAGGCCGUGGUGAAGGAAGCCCCUCUCUGCCAGCAGCUCCCUGCCUGGUGCCCAGCCCUGGCCCGAGGGAUGCAGAGCCCACCUUGCCUGGGGACUGCUUCCACCAGUGCUCCGGCACAGCCACCGCAGCGGGGCCAGGGACGGUGUCAGGGGAGGGGAGCUGUGACCCACUGGGGGCCUGGGGAGCCCUGCGAGUCCCUGACUGCCUGCACCUGGGGUGGUUUGGGGUGUCCCCACUGCUGCCUGGGGAGCUUGGGGGGUGCCUGGUGCCCUUCUCCAGGCUGGUGGGGAGCUGAGCUUAGACCUUGACCCAGGCUGAACCUCCUGCACCCAAGGGUGCUGUCCUGGUGGGGGGGCUCUCCCUGCCUGUGGAUGGGUGCUGGGAGGACCUCUGAUCCCCACUGUGAAGUCUCCCUGUGGAUUUUUCCACCCCUGUUGCAUGCAGAGGCUGUGGCCAGGGGCAGGCUCUGCUCUUUCAGCAUGAGGAGGGGGAGAGGAGCCUGUGCUGGGGUCAGCAGUGUGGGCUGGGAAACCUGCUGGUGUGGCUGCGGCAGCUGUGGGGCAGGCAGGGCCCGGCUCCUUCCCCCCCUGAGGGCAGUGGGUGUGUGCAGCCCCUCGCAGAGCAGAGUGGGGCUGGGCCCCUGCCUGCGCCCUACCUCCCUGCCUCAGCCCCCUCGGGUUUCAGCUCUCCCCGGAGGUGGCAGGACCCUUCCAGUGUGCAAGCCCCAGCCUGGCCCGAGGGAUGGAUCAAGCGCUGUGUUGCCACUCUCACCCUGUUGCCUUAGGAGAUUAAAAAAAAAAAAAAAAUAAAAAAGUAAAGCUCAGGAGCCCUGCUCCCACCUGCAACAGCUCUCCACUGCCAGGCCCAGGGGAGGCUCCCAGCCCCACAGAGGCUGGGAAAGGCCUGGAGAGAGGGAAGAGAAUCAGCUCUGCUUGUUUAGUGCUUGGGAAUUAAGUGUUUUAUCGGGGGCGGGCAGCAGGGAAGCUUGGUCUGAGUUGAUAGGAAAGUCUUUGCUCUUGAGGUGCUGGACACCCACACUGUGCCAGAGGGUGCCUGGGGAAAUGCCAGCUCAGCUGAGGGGGUGUCUGGGCUGUUUUGGGGCGGGGGGGGUGCUGGUCCUCCUGCCCCAGCAGGUGCCUGGAAGGUAGGUGGGGGAGUCGGUGCUGCGAGCAAAGAUCAGGCUGCAGAGGGGCUGGGCUGUGCUGCUGCUGGUGUGGGGCACACAGGUGUCUGGCAGGGGCGAUGAGCCCCUGCAACACCGUCUUCUCAUUGCUGUGGUGUUUCCCUUCCCUUGCCCUGUGGCCGGAGAGGCAGAUCUGGUGCUGACAAUGCUGCCUGGGCCUUCUCCGUUUUUAAACAGCUCUGGAGCUUGUGGAGGUAACUGUAGUGCCUGUCCCUUGCAGAGGCCUGCGUGCUGCAGGCAGGGGUACAGCACCUUCCUGGGCACAGCUCUGCCAGCUGGGCUGGCACGUGAACAGACACUGGUCACAAGCCACCACUGGAUUUUUGUGUUUUUUUUUUUUUCUUGUUUUUCCCCUUUUGACCACAGCAAUCAGAGAACAUCCAUCUCAGCCUGGCCUUGUGAAGUAAGUUUUUUUUCCCUUCAGGUUGUAGUAGGGUCAGAACCACUAAUAAAAGCCCUUUGAAGACCA